UUGUUAUUGUCAUUAGUUUAUUUAGUUUUAAUAAAAUAUUAAAACUUCUUUAAAUCUUUUGUCAUUGAUUUUUGCUGGCAUUGGGUACUCUGACCCGUAACAGAAUUGGGGGCUCGUCCGGGAUUUUAGAUUUUCUUAUCGGUAGCAAUUUUUGUGUGCAAAUUUACUAUAGUAGCCAGCAGAAAUCAAUUCCACCAUGGUAUUCUCUGUCACCGAAUUUCUCCAAUCUCCUACGGUGGCAGACUUUGAAGCUUUGAAAAAAGAUGAGUUAGUUGCCAUAGCUUUACAUUUCAAUUUAGUUGUGAAAUCAUCCAUGAAAAAACAAGAGGUUAGAGGAAUAGUAGUGAAGAAAUUUGUAGAUGAACAAAUAUUUAAGUCUGAUGAUUUACCGCCAAUAGUUAAGGCAGAAACCAACAUUUCAGAGUAUGAAUUUGAACUGGAGAAGUUAAGAAAAGAUAGACAGUUUCAGUUAGAAAAAGAAAGGUUAGAAAGAGAAGAAAGAGAUAAAGAUAGGCAGUUUCAGUUGGAAAAACUAAGAUUAGAGCACAGUGAAAGAUCAACUUCACAUGUCAGGUAUGAAUUUGAUGCGGCAAAGAACAUUAGGUUAGUUCCUAAAUUCCAAGAAAAAUCAGUUGAUAAAUUUUUCCCACAAUUUGAAAAAAUAGCAGAACAUCUCCAAUGGCCGUUUGAAGUAUGGCCCACACUUUUACAAAGUGUUUUGGUAGGGAAAGCUGCUGAGGUGUAUUCAGCUCUCAGUU